GCCCCGCCCCCUUCCUCCGCCUGAGUCCCGUGUGUCUGCCUGCUUCCCUCGUGGCCGAUCCGCCGUCAUGGCGCACUACAACUUCAAGAAGAUCACGGUGGUGCCGUCCGCCAAGGACUUUAUUGACCUGACGUUAUCGAAGACGCAACGGAAGACUCCAACGGUCAUUCAUAAACAUUACCAAAUUCAUCGCAUUAGACAUUUUUACAUGAGAAAAGUCAAAUUUACUCAACAGAAUUACCAUGACAGACUCUCACAGAUUUUAAUGGACUUCCCCAAAUUGGAUGAUAUCCAUCCAUUUUAUGCUGAUUUGAUGAACAUUCUCUAUGAUAAAGAUCAUUACAAGUUGGCUCUGGGACAAAUAAAUAUUGCCAAGAAUUUAGUGGACAAUGUUGCUAAAGAUUAUGUGCGGCUUAUGAAAUAUGGAGACUCCCUCCCGCGUUGCAAGCAGCUGAAGCGUGCCGCCCUGGGGCGAAUGUGCACUAUUAUCAAAAGACAGAAACAGAGUUUGGAGUAUUUGGAACAAGUGCGUCAGCACCUGUCUCGUCUGCCAAGUAUUGAUCCAAACACGAGGACCCUGCUUCUGUGUGGGUACCCGAAUGUCGGCAAGUCCAGCUUCAUCAAUAAGGUGACAAGAGCAGAUGUGGAUGUCCAGCCUUACGCAUUUACCACCAAAUCUCUGUUUGUUGGACACAUGGAUUAUAAGUAUCUGCGCUGGCAGGUUGUAGAUACCCCAGGGAUUUUGGACCACCCUUUGGAGGAUCGGAACACUAUUGAAAUGCAGGCCAUCACCGCACUGGCCCAUCUGCGUGCUGCGGUGCUGUAUGUGAUGGACUUGUCUGAGCAGUGUGGGCACGGGCUGCAGGCGCAGCUGGAGCUCUUCCAGAACAUCAGACCUCUCUUUGUCAACAAGCCUCUUAUAGUUGUAGCAAACAAAUGUGAUGUGAAGAGAAUAGCUGAGCUUCCAGAAGAGGACCAGAAAAUAUUUACAGAUUUGCAGGCUGAAGGAUUUCCUGUGAUAGAGACCAGCACCCUGACGGAGGAAGGGGUUAUCAAAGUGAAAACAGAGGCUUGUGACAGGCUCUUGGCUCAUCGCGUUGAAACCAAAAUGAAAGGAAAUAAAGUCAAUGAGGUGCUGAACAGAUUGCAUUUGGCUAUGCCAAACAAAAGAGAUGAUAAGGAGAGACCCCCUUUCAUCCCAGAAGGAGUGGUGGCACGCCGGAAGAGAAUGGAGAUUGAGGAGGCUCGAAGGAAGAGGGAACGAGAUAUUGAACUGGAACUGGGAGAUGAUUAUAUUUUGGAUCUUCAAAAGUAUUGGGACAUAAUGAAUUCAUCUGAAAAAUAUGAUAAGAUACCUGAGAUCUGGGAAGGCCAUAAUGUAGCUGAUUACAUUGAUCCUGACAUCAUGCAGAAAUUGGAAGAAUUAGAAAAAGAAGAAGAGCUAAGAACAGCUGCUGGAGAGUAUGACAGUGAAUCAGAAAGUGAAGAUGAAGAAAUGGUGGAAAUCCGACAGCUGGCAAAAGAAAUCAGAGAAAAAAGGAAGUUGAAAAUUCUGCAGUCCAAAGAGAAGGACACACAGGGACCCAGAAUGCCACGAACUGCUAAGAAGAUUCAGCGGAAAGUCUUGGAGAAUGAGAUGCGCAGUCUUGGUGUUGACAUGGAUGAUAACGACAACGCCCAUUAUGCAGCCCAAACCAGAAGGUCUCGGAGUGUCACUAGGAAAAGGAAGCGGGAAGACUCUGUCCCGCCCACAUCUCUUGCCCGGAGUCGCAGUUGUUCUCGAACUCCACGUGAUGUGUCUGGUCUUCGGGAUGUCAAGAUGGUGAAGAAAGCCAAGACUAUGAUGAAGAAUGCUCAGAAGAAGAUGAAUCGCUUGGGGAAGAAAGGGGAGGCAGACAGGCACGUGUUUGAUAUGAAGCCCAAGCACUUACUCUCUGGGAAGAGGAAAGCCGGUAAAAAGGACAGGAGAUAGUGUCCUAAGCUGAGCAGUUUGGCGGGACUGGUGUUUGUUUCUGGUUUGGUACGGUACGGUCUCACAGAAUUGGAGUCACUAUCUGUAAACUGGAAAUAACAAUGAAAUAACUAAAGCACCUGUUUUCCUCAAAAUUAUAGUUAACCCUUAACAAUACAGGUGUGAAAAAUGUUUAUCACUGCCUAAUAUUGCGAAUACUUUGAGGAGACUGGUUUCUGCUUUUAAUGGGCUUUUGAUUGCAUCAGAUUUGCAGAACUGGGAAGAUUUAUUGGUGUGACUGUUAUUUUUUAUGAAGAAAAGUCUCAUUCUCUUCAGCAAGAUGGAACUUUGGUUUGGUUCCCUGCAUAUAAAUAGUCCGUCCUUGCUAAGGAAACCUCUCCACUUGUGGCAAUGGGCAGAAGGCUGCCAGUCCUGCUUUGCAGAUACAGGUUGAGGGUUUGUCAGAUGCCAGCACUAAAUUAUUUUCUAGUCUUUAUGUACAAUGUACCAUUGUAAUCUGUCUUCAUUAUUUUAUCCAAAAUAAACUUCUUUUAGUUUUGA